UAGCGCUAGUGAGCACUGGGCACUGGGCUUCUGGGUAAUGUAGUUCACUUCCGCAAAAAAGGGCAUCGUCGUCAGUCUUGCGUCAUCAGUCGGUCAUGUAGCUAGCUAUAGCAACACCUCGCAACGGAGAGAGAGAGCUGGGAUGGCGGGGGAGAGGAGCGAAGAGGACAUCGUUUCAGAGUACCUGGACCAGAACCCACAGCUGGCCCAAUGGGUCGACACUUGCAGGACCUACUGUGAGAGCAACAAACAGUGGGAGGCUCGGAGAGAGUUCAUCCUGAGAAACAUGGAGGCUUUCCCCACAGUGGAGCCCGGAGUCCCCAGCAGCAGUCUGGACAUGCUGCUCUCUCUGUCCAUGGUCUGGGCCAACCACGUUUUCCUUGGCUGCAGCUAUCCACACGCCGUCAUGGACAAGAUCAAUGAGAUGGGAGAGGGGAUAGUGGUUCCAGAUCCCCCAGUUCACAAAACAACAAAAGAUGGAAUCCUGGCCAGAGGAAAGCGGAGUACCACAACUGAGGGUGAUGCUGACAGCUGUGUGAAGAGAGCCAAAUGCGGACCUAAUGAGCUCGACGGUCGACCUGCAGGGCGAACAGCUACGCGGAAAUCAGGACCUCUUCCUCAGGCUCCAGCCGAGCACCAGCCCUUCUUCAACCGCCUCUACAAGGCCGUGGCCUGGAAGUUGGUGUCAGCAGGAGGCUUCGGUCCAAACUUGGAUCAUUUUGAAAUCCUCCGUAGCUGCGUAGAGUCGUGUAAAGAGACCCUGAUCAGUGUGUAUGUGCCACUGAAGGACAUCGCCGGCCUCCCCGCAGGUCGCACACAAAAAGAAGGCCACGUGUGCGAGAUUCGCUGUCAGACUGUUUACUUGGGGACAGGAUACGGACGCGAUGAGUCUGCUGCCAAAGCCAUGGCUUCCAAAGAGGCCCUAAAAGUCUUUCAGGGGCGAAAAGUGACAGUAAAGAUCUGCAGACGGAGGUUCAAAGGGAAAGAUGUGGAGGAUUUGAUGUUGUUGGACGAGCAGCCUCGGAAUCAGGGCUUUCCUCCUGCACUCAGCUACCCCUUUCAGGACGAGCAGCUGGAAGAUGCUUCUUCUUAGAGGCAGCAGACGAUUUGUGGUGUUUGCCCUGCUGUGAUGCCUGUUGGGAGGAAAGACAAGUGACAUCUACUUCAUGGAGCUACUGAAGGACAUCAUGACCGUGUCGGGACCAGACUGUUAUGCAGCUGAACAUCAUAACUAAACUUAGGAAUCGUUGACGAUGCAUUUUCCACAAUACUUAGGUAUCAUAAUACAGGUGGCAAAUUAUUAGACAAAUAUCUGGGAUACAUCACCAAAACAACAAGAAUGAAUCUCACACUUUGUUGACUACAUUUACAACCGCUUUCAGUUUUAUAGACAGCAAACUGUAAUAAAGUCCGUGGAGUUUGAGCCAUUAUUCAAAAGUCAAACAGCUCAACUAACGGAAGCCAAAACAGUUUAAAACAAAGUAAGGAUACAAAUGCCACCUUAGUAUCGUAGGAAAAUGUGUUGCAUUAUAUAAAAGUGAUUAUUUGUCCCAACAAAAAUAGUUCUGGCCAUCAUAUUAGGAGUAGUGUGUGUGUAUAUAGUUUCCCCCGCUGUUCGUUCCUGUCGUGACGGGUUUUGUUCUGGUGAUUUCAUUCGUGUAACUAAACCUUAUUUUGUUGCUUUUUGGUUUCUUUAGAGUCCCACUGCUCAGUUAACAACGGAAACAGAAGUCACAUGGACAAACCAAUAACUUGUCUUUUUACAGUUUUGAUGACCUGUCACUUUGCCACGGUCCAGAUUUUGGCGGCAGGAUGCAAAAUAAACAAAAUUAAUACAGUAACUGUAACUUUUUCUAAACAUGA